CCGGCCCGCCUCCCUCGGAGGCUCCAGCUUACCCCCGCGUCCGGAACCCUGGCGUGCCGGCGGACCCGCGUCUUGGGCCCAGAGCAACCAUGGCCAUCCCUUGCCUUUUCCCACGGCAUCCUGUUUGGCGUCUGGGGGUCUUUAUGAGAUGGUGGGUAAAUGGCCACAAGAGAACACUGGUGGGAAUGACUGGGCCCCCCACCCUUUUGGUGGUGAAGAAACCCUCCAGAGCCUGCAGCUUUGGGGAAUGGCAGGUUUGUUGGAGUCUUCCACCAGCGAGAUUUCUGUGUGACCCCGUCUGAUGCCCAGGAGGUGAUGCUGACCUGUGACCGGUAUCCUGUGCGGAGGCUGCCUUUUGCCGAGGUGUCAGAAGAGGACUUAGCAUUCUUUGAACGCAUUAUCCCUGGAAGAGUCAGCACAGAUCCUUGUGAACUAAAGCUUGGGAAUGUGGACUGGCUCAAAAUGGUCCGAGGCUGCAGUAAAGUGCUGCUGAGGCCCAAGACAACAGAAGAGGUCUCCCAAAUACUCAGGUACUGCAAUAAGAGGAACCUGGCUGUCAAUCCUCAGGGGGGGAACACAGGUAUGGUGGGGGGCAGCGUCCCUGUCUUUGAUGAAAUUAUCCUCUCUACGGCACUGAUGAAUCAAGUCAUCAGCUUCGACACUAUGGCUGGAAUUCUAGUUUGCCAGGCUGGGUGUAUCCUUGAGCAGCUGAACCAGUAUGUAGAGGAAAGAGAUUUCAUCAUGCCCCUUGAUUUGGGAGCGAAGGGUAGUUGUCACAUUGGCGGAAAUGUGGCCACUAAUGCAGGUGGUCUCAGAUUUCUGAGAUACGGCUCUCUGCAUGGGACAGUUCUCGGACUAGAAGUGGUGCUGGCUGAUGGCCUCGUUCUGGACUGCUUAACUUCCCUGAGGAAGGACAACACUGGCUAUGACCUCAAGCAGCUUUUUAUUGGCUCAGAGGGCACCUUGGGCGUCAUCACUGCUGUUUCCAUUCUGUGUCCUCGGAAACCUAAGGCUGUGAACUUGGCAUUCCUAGGUUGUCCAGGUUUUGCUGAAGUUCUGAAAACCUUCAGUACCUGCAAGGGAAUGCUGGGGGAAAUCCUGUCUGCCUAUGAGUUCAUGGAUAACAAAUGCAUGCAGCUGGUAGAGAAUCACCUCCGACUGUCCAACCCUGUCAAAGAAAAUCCCUUCUAUGUUUUAAUUGAAACUUCGGGCUCUAACGCUGGGCAUGAUGAGGAAAAAUUGACUAACUUUCUGGAGCAGGUCAUGAGCUCUGGUUUGGUAACAGAUGGCACUGUAGCCACGGAUAACACGAAAAUAAAGAUGCUGUGGGCCCUGAGGGAGAGGAUCACGGAGGCCCUGAGCCGAGAUGGCUACGUAUACAAAUAUGACAUCUCACUGCCUAUGGAGAAGCUGUAUGACAUUGUGCUUGACAUUCGGAGCCGCCUGGGUCAGAGUGCCAAGAGUGUGGUGGGUUAUGGACACCUAGGAGAUGGCAAUCUGCAUUUAAAUGUAACGGCCAACUCAUACAGCUCUUCCCUCCUGAAGGCCAUUGAGCCAUAUGUGUAUGAGUGGACUGCCCGGCACCACGGGAGCAUAAGUGCAGAACACGGGCUGGGGUUCAAGAAGAAGGAUUUCAUUGGCUACAGUAAGACCCAAGAAGCGAUCCUUCUCAUGCAGCAGAUCAAAGGCACGUUGGAUCCCAAGGGAAUCCUGAACCCUUACAAGACCCUGCCAUCGAGUUCCUCUUGAUGCUGCCGUCCUUUGGUGAUGCUGCUAUUUAGACCCAUGUGGACUCCCUGCGUUGGGAUUCCUUCUGUAUUUUAAUAAGUGAUUGCAAUUAAGA